AUGUCCUCUGUUAGUACUAAGAGCCUUCCUAAGAUUGAACUACAUGCUCAUCUGAAUGGAAGUAUCUCAUUGAAAACUAUGCAGAAGCUUCAUAACCAAAAUGAUGGCUCAGAGGAGGAUUUGAAAUCACUGAUUCUAAAUGAGCCUAAGACGAUGGAUGAAGUUUUCAAGUAUUUUGGCUUAAUUCAUAAGUUAAUUCAAACAAAAGAAGCUUUGCUUACUGCAACUAUGGAUGUGAUUAGAGAAUUCAAUGAAGAUGGCGUUGUUUAUCUGGAGCUGGGAACAACACCCAAGAAAGUUGGAGAUAUGACCAAGUUUGACUACAUUAUGACAAUACAUGAAGCAUUGGAGUUAUCAAGCGAUUUGCCGAUUGUCGUCCGCUUCAUACUCACCAUUGAUAGAAGACAGUCGGUUGAGGAAGCUUCUGAGAUUGUAGCAUUAGCUGAGCAGUUCGCUAAAAAAUAUGGCAAAGUAGUUGGUAUCGGUCUAGCCGGUGAUCCUUCAUGCGACGGCCAAAAGUUUCUUCCGGUCCUUAGACAAGCUCGUCAUAGAGGAUUGAAGAUUUCAAUUCAUCUAGCUGAGUUGAAAAACUGCUUGGAUGAAGUAGAUGCAAUGCUGCAGUUCGGACCUGAUAGAAUUGCCCAUGGUAGUUUCCUUCAUCUUGAGGAUAGAUGGGUCCAUCAGAUAGCAAAGCAGAAAAUUCCUUUCGAGAUAUGUUUGACAUCAAAUAUCCUUUGUAUGACGAACUCAUGUUACGCCGAAUCUCACUUUAGCUUUUGGAAGAACUUGGAUGUCCCCGUUGUAUUAUGUACAGAUGAUAAAGGCUUAAUGGAUAUAACCUUAUCGGGAGAAUUGCAAAUAGCCGCCAAAGAGUUCAACUUGUCCGAGGAAGACCUUAAGAAGAUGACUCGUGACGCAUUCAACAGCAGAUUCUUGGCCGAGAACGAUCCGCUGUACGCAAAUAUCUUUGAACUCAUUAAGUAA